AAUUUACCGGCGCAGCGUACUUUUCUCCGUUCCGCACGGCGUAAUGCUAAUUCUACUAAUGCUCGAGGUGCUCGUCUACGACGCCAUCGGAAAUGACGGCAACAACAACCCGGCGCCACAGGCUUUCCGCGAGAUGAUCGUUAGGGUUACGCCAGUGAACGAAGAUGUUUAGACGAAAAGUGAAAAGGAUCGUGGAAAUUAGUUUCUUUACUUAUUAAAAGUUUUUUUUUCUGUUAAAUAAUAACUCAUUAAUCUUUGUUUCCGAACUAGUACCGGGCCCGACCCGUUGGACUGUUGGAUUUCAUGUACCGUAGUUUCUCAUGAAACAUUUAGGCAAGUGGUUGGCCUAUGGUAUGAAUUUGGCCCAAAACCUUACAGUCUCACACCCUUUGUGAGCCCAGCCCAUAAACAUUCA